GUCUUUGUUAGUAUUCCGAGUUGGCGUAUUGUACGGCCAUUUAAAUCCCAAGGAACAAACAAUCAGAUUUGAUGUCGAUAUAAUAGCAGGUCUUUCCGGAUAACAAUAAACCCAUCAACUUCAAAUUAUGUAAAUAUUGCCUAGUGGAUUCAAAGGCUCUGUUUCGAAUUAAAUGUGGCCUAGGCCCAGUCGUCCAGCCAAGAAAACAACGCGUGAGAAUGAAUAAUGCAAUGGUAUAAUCCUGUCCAAGAAUUUGAAUCCAACUUAGUGUGUGAGCAAUAGUUACGAUGGGGGAGACUGCGGGUGAAAGUCAAGAGCGCCUACCGCUUCUUGUUCAGCUGAUAUACGGGACCUACCAAGAUAAGAAAACACAGGAAGGGAAAGGAUUGGCUCAUGAUAGCGGCAGUGGCGCUCCUUGUACGAAUUGUGGCACAGAAUGUAGCGGCUUUGAUCUGCACUUCUGGAGGAAAGUUUGCAAAAAUUGUGGAUGUCGUCCUCAGGCUCAUGACAUUACAGUUAAUGAAGCAGUUCACAAGGAAAUUGUCAAAGAACUUUUUAAUGAUUCAGGGAGAAAAGUGAAAGGGUCGGGGUCAGGUUCAGGGUCAGUGUCAGGUUCAGGGUCCCAAAGCGAUGAAGAACCUUCUGUAGAAAAGAGAGAGAGGGAGCUCGUAAGCAAGUCAAAAGUUGCAGCUUCUUCUAUACCGGAAAUAAGAAUAGAGACAGUUGACUUGGAUGGAGAUCGUGAGAAACCUAAAGAUGAGCCUAAAAGUAAGACCAGUCAAAGCCCAAAUGUUCGACAAAAAGCAACUGUAUCCAGUUAUUUCGCGCCGGAACGCAAAUCAGUAUCGUCCAAAGUUGAAAAACCAUGUUCAAUCAAUGGUGCUACAAGGGAUAGUUCUGUGUCUUUUCAAAAAGCAUCAGAGCAAGCCAGCAUUGCCACAGAACCUAAAAUUCCAGAACCACGUUCCGUUGGAAAUGAACCCAAAGUACAUAGCGACCCAAAAGUUGCAAAACAAAGGAAUCCAGAAGCCGUUCCUGAGCCACCUCCUAGAAAAGAAUCAUUUAUUGAAGUCGAAAGGCAGCGAAGGCUACUUAACCAGUUACCGCCUCAAGAUUUCGACCCAAAGUUUUGCAGCACCUUGAACAGGAAGCAAAAGCAGGCAAUGAACAAAAUGAGUGACAUCAAAAAGCAAGCUGCUGGUAAAGGAAAACUGUCAGACAAUGACCCAAAUAAACACGUCUGUGCAGGUUGCAAUGGCGAGAUAACAAGCGGAGAGAAAGGUGUCAGUUCUACACGGGAAAAGGAGCUGAUAUUCUGGCACGAAGAUUGCUUCAAGUGCAACUUCUGCGAAGAAAAAAUUGUUGAUUUCAUUUAUUUUUGGCAUGAAGACAAUAUUUAUUGUGGAAGGCACUUUGCAGAGAAGUUUAGGCCAAGAUGUUCGGCUUGUGAUGAGUUAAUUUACGCGGAUAAGUACACGAAAGCAGAAGGCAAGGCGUGGCAUAUGGAGCAUUUUACCUGUUUCAUAUGUGACAAAAAUCUGGCCGAUACAAAUUACAUCUCACACAAGGGACAACCGCACUGCAUGACGUGCUAUCAUUUCAAGAUUGCAAGCAAGUGCGGGUCUUGUGGACUGCCAAUUCAGGUAGGAGAGGAACGCAUUUCGUACGAGAACAAGCACUGGCACGCAUACCGAGAAUGCUUCUUUUGUCGAGGCUGCAACAAAGAUUUGGUUGAUGCUGGAUUUCUACUGGUAGAAAACACCGUCUACUGUUCCUCAAAAUGCUCCAAAAGAGGCCUGGCCUCGUAGAAAAACACAAGAGACGAAAACUAUGACAUAGCCAUUAAUUGUGGCAGUCAUUUAAAUAGAAAAUGUGUCUAGUGACUAUUUUUAGAAGUCGUGGACCUUUGCAUCUUUAAUUUUUGAAAUCUUUUACUGGUUUGAUUGAUUUAGCGAACUUAUAUUGAUAGCUUUGUUAAUUCAUAGUUUGUAUCCAUCUAUUUACAACAUCACUCAAAAAAUAACGUUCACGAA